AUGGACGAAUUUCGUGCCAUUGUCGAAGACUAUCUUAAUAAAUUAAGUCCCAAAAAGCGUGAUAAGGCAUUGGUAGAUCAACACCGUUAUUGUCUGAUUCAACAGGUCUUAAGAGAUCCUCGCAAUACAGCCAUUUCCACUGCUCAAUUUCGUUUCUGGGUCAAGAAAAUGUUUCAACUUCAGCCUGGCACAACAGAUCUUGUUUGUCAUGACAAUAAGCCAGUUGCUAUGAAAGAACAGAUUUAUGAUAUUCUAGUCAAGGCACACCGAGAAGCCCAUCACGGGGGAAGAGACAAGACAUCUGCAUUGGUCAGAAGAAGAUUUUCAUGGAUUCCAAAGGAACUCGUUGCUCGCUUUGUACGCCAUUGUCCAUUCUGUAUUACUCGUCGUAACAGCGGACAUAGUCCCACAACACUUAUCAAGAGUCCACGCUCUCGUUAUAUUCGACAUGCUUAUUCAUUUGAUUCGGCUGCUCCUACUAUCUGUACACCUUCUUCUAUCAAAGAAGAGAGUGACAUUUCAUCUGGUCCUCCUUCUUCAGACAGUGGUUAUGAAGCAACACCCAACUAUGUUGCACUCUCUACUUGUUCCUCACCUAAAAGACCAUUCUUCAAUACGAUGUAUGAACGUGAAGACUUUUUAGACUACGAUGGUAGCUUUAUACAACGUCCUAUGCACCCACUUCAUCACAAUAGUGCUCAACCUCAAUCCCCUCUAUUCUAUCAAGGAUACACAAAUUCAGAAUAUCCAUUCUAUACAGCAGGUUAUUAUCCGAAUGCAUUGGGCAUUACACCCUGUUCAUCGAGUGACACAAGUCGAUCUUCAGCCGCUGCCGUGGCUGUUGCCGCUGCAUCCAGUACAGCCGCUGCCGCUGCUGCAGCAGUUGCAUUAAUGCGUUCUCCUGUCACGAAUCAUCAUGUGGAUCUAUUGUCACAUCAACAACAGUCUAAUAGUAAUCAAUUUGUGCCUUUUCAACCUUUGAAUAUAUCGGAGAAUGCGUUUAACACUGGUCUUUAA